CCGUCCCGGGACUGGAUUGUUCUGCAUGAAGACAGUCUGGAAAGUAUGAGCAUUUUACAGCAUUGAACAGGAAAAUCGAUCCACAGCUGCAGAGAACUGCUGGACAACAACUUCUGGAACAAACCCCAUCCUAUGCGAGGGACAUUUUUUAACUUUUUUUGUGCCUCACACCAAAAUUAUGUAAUCUGAAUAACCAACAUGUUUUAUUGCAGAACAUUACAAAUGUUUUUGUGGCUUAUGAACUCCAAAAUUAUGGUUUUGGUGGAUCCUCUGAAGCAGACAUAUGUGGGUAGAUACCUCCAGGACUGAAAACAAAAAUGCUUUUUCACAAAUCAAGCAAAUGAUCGUCUAGACUGGGACCUCUGGGCUUCUACCCGUGGAUGAUUUAAAAUAGCCUCUAACAAACCUUCAGCAUACGGUUGACACCAUGCCUUACCAUGAUGAGGAGUACCCAGGCCAGCCUCUCUGGCAGUCUGUGCUGCUCUUCUGCUGCAAGGGAAUGAUCGAGGUCAUCAUGGUCAUCCUCUUCUUCUGGCUCCUGGUGCAGGUCCUCUUCACCAAACAGUUAGAAGUUCACCUCCAGAUUCUUCUUUUGGUUGGACUGAUUGUCUUUUGUCUGAGUUUGAUCCUGGGAUGUAUUAUGUGUUGGAGGAGCAGUAAUAUUUGUCUACCGGCAGACAAAGCUCCUGUGACGUCAGAAGCUCCUGCUGAACCUGUGACCUUGUCCCAGAACCAACCUGCCUCGGCAGCAGCAUCAUCCAGGCAGCAGUACGAGGAGCUGGACGGAGAUGUGUUGGAGUACCCAUCCACGUUCACCAGUCCUGCCCCUUCGGACGGUGAAUUUACCUCUCUGCCAUUAUCUAAUCAAGCUGCCUCUGAGCAAAGGGAGCAAUCAAAGUCUGUUUUUUCCUUUCGUCGCCUCAGCACCCCAUUGCUAACGUCACCUCUUUAUAAACCCAUAGACCCUGGCCAUGCUUCCCUACCUUCAUUUCCCAAACUGGGGUUGUUGGCUAGAACACGAAAGGCUCUUCAGAGGCGCUGCACUGUGACUGAUGAUACUGUAUCUUACAGUGAACACAGCAGACUCACCAGCCCUGGUGCUGUUUCUCCUUCUAUGCCUGAAAAACCAAUCCCACUGGCUCUGCUGAACUAUGGCUCAAGUGCAAGCUGCAAGGAGCCAAUAUUAUCAAAACCUUAUCUCCAUUUCACUAUGGCCUUUUCUUCAGAGCAGCAAGCCCUGGUAGUCACUGUCCUCAACCUCACUGGGACGCCUUACAGGCUGGAGGAUGUUUCUCUGCUGGGCUGCCUGCCGCCUCUGUACCCCUGCCCCAUACAGGCCUCUGUCCAGAGCAGCUUCAGCCCUGAAGCCCACAGCCUGGUGCUGCUGCUGAAGGUGAGGUCUGUGAAGGAGCUCCAGAAGUGUGUCCUGAGAAUAGCUGUUUAUGCACGGGAGCCACAGAGCCUGAGAGGCACCGCUCUGGGUGAAGUGGAGGCCGAGUGUGAAGGAAGAGACUGGAGGCCAGAGCGUCCAUUUCACUUCACCAAAGAGCUUCAUCCAAACAAAGAGAAAAUAAAUCAGAGUCUGAUCUCCCAGGAUGCACUGACAUGUAAGGGGCUUAGCUGUCCUCCGCAGAUCUUCAUUUUGCUGCAGUAUCAGUCUCUGACUCACCGGGUCAAAGCUACAGUCCUCAGAGGUGAUAACCUCGACAGCCUCGCUCCCAUGCCGACAGCUGCAGAUUACCAGGUGGUGAUUAAUCUUCACCAUGAUGGAGUUUUGAUCAGCAGCAGAGAAACUAAAGAAGAGUCCAGCACUGUGUGGAAUACUUCUUUCCUGUUUGACCUGCCUCCAGGAGACAUCAGUCAGCUGCCCUUAUUACUUGAGUUCCUCGUCAUGCAGAUUCAGGUCCUGUCAGAGCGCAAAGUUGUGGGUCGAGUCCUCAUCGGAGCAGCGACUGCAGAUGCAGGACGAGCUCACUGGAGGGACGUAUGCAACUGGAAGGUGGAGCAUGCUCGCUGGCACACCGUUCAGCCAGAACUGCUGUAGAGAUCUGACACACGUCCUCAAAAAAACUAACAGUGGAGCAGAUGUACUGUCGAGCUCACUGAGGCAUCCAGAAUGAGGUGUGACGUGAAGCUGAUGUUGAGAUACAUGAACUGAUUGUAUGAGAAAUCAAAUCUUUAAACAUGGCCUUAUUGCAAUGUAACAGCCACUGAAUUUGUCUAUUUAAAGUGCACCAGAUGACUUUUUAAAUGACUGAAGGAAUUAUCAGUCAUCUCUUGUAACUAUUUAGUAUUUUAGUAAAACAAAAAAAGUAUAAGCAUGAAGGUGACUGAACUGAGCUUAACACAUGGGGUCUUAAUCCAGAAAUACUGACGAUUUAUUGUGACUAAAAUACCCUUUGCCAUUCAUUUAAUGAGUGAGCAAUAUGCUGCACACAAAAAUGCAGUUUUUAUACCCUCUUGUACAUCUUUAAUUUCACAGUUCUCAAAAGAUACACUUAAAAUGUCUUGUUCUUUAAAAUGAUGUGAGGAACCAUAUUAUUUAUAUGAAUAAAACACAGUUUUACCUCGGGUA